UUCAUGAUCAUGAAUAAAUUAAAUUGUUAAGUAGAUAUUUAGUUGAAGAUAAUGCUGAAGAUUAUGUAAUGUAUGAUUAGGAUAGAACAACUUAAACAGCCAUAAUAAACUCAGUUAUGAAAAAGAUAGUUGGAAAGUAUGAAAUAUUGUCUAGUGAAGAAGAACAAUCAAUCUUAAAAUCUAUUUAAUAAGUUAAUUAUUAUAUUUAUAAUAGAAAUUGAACCCUUCUUUAAUAGAAACUAUAUAAAUGAUGUUAACAAAAAAGAAGAAUCUAUUACCAGGAACAUGUGAAUAGUGUGAUUUAGAUUAAGCACUUAAAUUCCAUGAAAUUCAAUUUAGUCAUAGAGAAUAAGAGAGAUUCAAUUUAAUUUGUUUUGAAGUUUCAAAUUCUUUAGAUAUCAUAAAUUAUGAAAGAUUACUAACUUAUUUUAAAUGA